UCCUCCAGUGGGUCUCUCCAGGCAAGGCAGCUCCAGCUCCUGGCAAAGCGAGGCGCACGAAGCUCUCCCGCAGCAGCAGACUUCCCUAUGGGCAUCGGAGCAGCGACCUUGGCAGAGCCCACUUGCUAAAGCCACUGCCCUGGAAUAUAUACCUCUAAAACCCGGGACAGAGAAAGCAGGCGAAAGCUGCUCCAGCAACAGACAGGCAGUAAGACCACAUUCCCUACUUGUGGAAGGUCAGACUGAAUGGCUCAAGACUUUGACAUCAAUUCUCUGCUUAGGAUGAUUUGGAAACUAGCUUUCUCCUUGUUUCUUGUGUCUACUCUGGUUCAAGUGUCGGAAACCAGGAAGAAUCGCCCCGCAGGAGCCAUCCCCUCCCCGUACAAAGACAGCAGAAGCAACAACUCGGAGAGGCGGCAGCAUCUGCACAAAGAGGUGCUAGCCUCCAGCCAGGAGGCCCUGGUUGUCACAGAGAGGAAGUACCUGAAAAGUGACUGGUGCAAAACGCAGGCCCUGAGGCAGACAGUCAGCGAGGAGGGCUGCCUCAGCCGCACCAUCAUCAACCGCUUCUGCUACGGGCAGUGCAACUCCUUUUAUAUCCCUCGCCACGUGAAAAAAGAGGAGGAGUCAUUUCAGUCCUGUGCUUUCUGCAAGCCCCAGAAGGUGACCUCCUUCACAGUGGAGCUAGAAUGCCCUGAACUAGACCCACCUUUCCGACUUAAGAAAAUCCAGAAAGUCAAGCAAUGUCGGUGCAUGUCUGUGAACCUGAGCAGCGCAGGCAAGCAGUGAAAGUGAGGGCUGGCAGCUGCCCCUGCCAGAGUCGCCAUGGCCUCUCUUCCUUCACAGACAAACGAGAUGGUUGUUUUCCCUCCUCCUGGUCAAGUCAUUUCUGGAGCAACGCCAUUGGCCACCUGGAAGUAAAGGCUGCUUUGGCUGGUCUAUUCAGAGGGUCCAUCAUCUAUUUACCAAAGCAGCUGUCUUGCCACUGGGUCUGUGUCACUCAAGGUGAAGCCCAGCAUCAAAUGUGGAAAUGAACAUUUGGGUGGCCAGGGGUUUAAAUCCAAAAAUAACUCUUCCACUGUGUGGGAAACCUUUUGGCCUUCACUCCAUCCAUCCUUUUGGAUGAAGAGAGAGGUCCAGUGAAUUCUUCAUAGCUUCUCCCUCUCAUUUCGGGGACUUUUCACUUCGUUUUUGACUGCCUAAUGCUGUUUCUCUUGGGCUGUAAUGCUGACAUGGAUACAUAUAGUAAAGAACAGUUAUGGACAACUAUGUUCUGUCUGUCUGGUCUGACUGAUAAGGCACAUGGGCCUUAUCUUCCAUGGAGAUAAUCAACCUGCCACUUUCCGACAGAGAAAGAGACCGAGAAUGGAUUUGUGCAUAUUUUCAGCUAGAUUGCCUCAUGUUUCCACAGCAAUGUUUCACUUGUAAUGCAGCUAUAGCAAAUUGUUGUUAAACUUGUUAAUAUAGACGUAACCACAUAUAUUUUGGGAGAUGACAAAGUAUUUGAAGGGCUAAAACAAAACACCUUAACUGUUGGACCAGAUUAUUCCCUGAAAAUUACAGAGUUUUGCUAGUGUUUAUUUUCUCAGUAGAUUUUGCAUUAAUUUAAUUUUCUUUCUUUCCAUCAAUUCCCUUACCCCUAACCUGUGUUGAAUCACUACUUUUGGGGAAGAAAACAACAUUGUGUGUAACCUAUUGAAACACAGUAGCAGAAAACAAAAUGCUACAUUUCUUUGUUACUGAGGUGAACACAAAGAGUAAUUUAAACCAAUCGCUAUUUCCAAGGAACAGAAUUGUUGGGAAAAUGUAAUGUGUGAAGUGACCCAGUCAUCCUGAUUUCAUUCAAUGUCUCAUGCUAGGUUCUAGUAUGUUCCAAAUGUGUCCGUUUAGAUUCCUAAAUUGGUUGGGCAAAACCAAAAGCCGUGACCUAUUGGGUAUCUUGGAACUUUGCAUUCACAGCAGUUGCAGCUGAAGGAAUCCAAUGUUCUGAGGACUAUUUCACUACGCUUCCUUGGACAGGACCACUAAAGGGGUUAACAAAAUUGUUUGCUUCGAGCUGUAGGUUUGGUGCCAACUCAAGGGUUCAGUGGCACAGUUCUCUAUUAUGUGAGACCGGCUGUUUUAAGAGGCUUUGGGGGGAAUGAUCUCCGUUAGUGCUCACCAAUCGGUUUAUGGGGAUUGGCACGGGUAGGAGGGAUUGGGCAGGUAUGUUGGCCCUAUAUAAUUUUCCCCCCUCCCUUGGUGUUACACAAUGGCAGAUCUGCAGUUGGGAAUGCACAGCGGAGAAGGCUGAGGCUUGCUUUCGAGAUUGCCGUUGUCGAACAUUAUUCCACUACUUACUCUAAGGUUUACCAAAGCACAUUUUGGACAAAGUGGAAGGGAGAGGAAGAUUAGAGUGCCUGUAGCAUAGUGCACACAUUUUAUGGGUUAGGAUGGCUGCCUCUUGAAGAAAUGAAACCUAAUGUCGGGUUCGUCGGGCUGGAAACCAGAAACUGUUCAGUAACCACAUGGGGAAAAAUGUGAAAAGAAAGCAUCCAGUAGGGGGAUGGGCUCCUUACCAAGUUGUGAUAAACAAGAGAUAUAUGCUGCAGGAGGGGGGCAUGUGCCCUUUGGUUAGUUUAUGCUUAAAUGAAAGAGUUGAGUUGACCUUGUAAUGGUUCAUACUAUUUAAAUGUUUGUUUUAUAAAUGAAAACAAAAUGGAAGAAAUGUUAUAACUAUAAUGUAAUUAUUUUAUAGGUGUAUUAUUGUUAAAUUAUAGAACAAAUAAAGAUA